GCUGAAUUGGGGCACUGACAGGUCACGUGGAAGCGCGAAAGGCAGACGCGUUAGGCAGACGCGCCUUUUCUCCGUGACGAUCAUCAACGCAUCUUCGCCCGACAUCAGCUGCGCGAGGGCGCUCACUCAACGACCCAACGAGAGAGCGCAGCCCACACCGCCGUCAUGUCGAAAAUCGACCGCAUGAUGAUCCAGGGCAUCCGCUCCUUUGGGCCAGAGAAAGGAGAGACUAUUGUCUUCACCACCCCGCUCACGCUCAUUGUCGGCUGGAACGGCUCGGGAAAGACAACGAUCAUCGAAUCGCUGAGAUAUGCAACAACAGGUGACUUUCCACCAAACAGCAAGACAGGCGGUGCUUUCAUUCAUGACCCCAAGCUGCGCAACGAGAAAGAGCUGUUGGCGCAGGUCAAGCUGUCUUUCCGCUCAACCUCGGGUGUCCGCAUGGUCGCUACCCGCAACCUGCAAGUCACCGUCAAGAAGAAUGCACGCAGCCAGAAGACUCUGGAGGGGUCGUUGCUCAUGCUGAAAGACGGCGAGAAGCACUCCAUCUCCACUCGUGUUGCCGAGCUGGACCAGAUCAUCCCCCAAUACCUUGGUGUGUCCAAGGCCAUCCUCGACAAUGUCAUCUUCUGCCAUCAAGAAGAGAGCCUGUGGCCAUUGGGUGACGCUAAGACCCUGAAGACGAAGUUCGAUGAGAUCUUCGAGGCGCUGAAGUACACAAAAGCCAUCGAAAACAUCAAGAUGAUUCGCAAGGAACGGAGCAACGAGCUUGGCCAACUGAAGAUUAUCGAAGCAAACGCAAAGGAGGAUAAAGACCGAGCUGGGAAGAGCGAGAAGCGACAAGCCGCGCUCUUCGACGAGAUCGAGGAACUCCGUGGCGAGUAUGAGAAGGUGGACGGAGAGUGCACAGAGGCGCAGCAGAAGGCCAACGAGGCCUACAACCAUGCGGCAAGAUUCGAACAGAUUGUGGCACAGCUGAACGGCAAGCGCAUCACUUUCAACGCCAACAAAGACAGCGUCGAUGCUUUACAAGACAACCUGAAGCAGAUGGCCGAGUCAGACAACGAGCUGCAAGAGAUGUUGGAUCAGUACGAGGAGAGGAUCGCGACAUAUGUUACUCAGCAAGAUGAGUUUCGCCAACAGUAUGGUGACCUCAAGGACGAGCUGCAGCAAAGCCGGAACUCGCUUGGUGCGAAGCAGGGCGAGAUCGGCAAGUACGAAGCGCAGAAAGAGCAGCACGAUCGUCAGCUUCAACAGCGCGAGAACCUCAUCAAAGAGACUGCCAAACGCCAUAGCAUCCGUGGCUACGAUUACGAGAUAACCGACAAGCACAUCUCGGACUUCCAGCAGGUCCUAGGCAAGAUGUCUCGUGACCAAAACAAGACACUCGAUCGCGUUCGAGAAGACACGCAGCGUGAGCUCCGCGAAGCGCAGAACGAUCUCAACCAGCUUAAUACACGCAAGUCCAACCUAAGCCAGAGCAAAGAAUCUGCGCGAACAGCGAUCACAGGCAACGACAAGCGUAUUUCGGAUCUACAACGGUCAAUGAACCAGAUCAAGGCCGACGAAGGUAAUGAAGCCAUCCUGCAGGACAAGAAGCGCGAGACCGAGGAGCGUCUGGGCAAUGCGAACUCGGACACAGCUUCUGGUCGCUUCGAUGAGCGAAUACAGGAAGCGUCGGAGACUGUACGGACACUAGAGGAUAAGAAGGAGCGACUGACCGCGGAGCUUGGAGAUGCCACAAAGCAGGCUCGUGAAUCAGCGUCCAUCGACUAUACACGGAACGAACUGCAAGGACAGCAGCACAGCCUUGAGAAGAUGAAGAAGGUUCACAAUAAGCGCAUCUCUCAGCUAGUCGACUCUGACUGGGAUCCAUUGACACUGGAGACCACUUUCCAGAGCGUGCUCUCACAGAAAACCAGCAAAGUCAAAGAAGCAACGUCACGACGUGAUAUCGCACAAACAAAGCUAGACAACGUCAACUUCCAAAUGUCAAGUCUGGAAUCACAGGUCAAGAAAAAGCGAUCAGAGUUGCAGCAGUACGAGCAAACCGUAAAGGGGGCCAUCCAGAAGGACGACAUCUCCGACUUCGAUGAGACAUUGCAGCAGCUUGAAGAUGACUACGACGCUACAUCUACGGACAAGGCAAAGUUCGAGGCGCAAAUUGAGUACAUGCGACAGUGUUUAAUGACCGCGGAGCGUGAUAACACAUGCCGGCUGUGUGCCAGAGCCCUUCACGACGAUAGAUCUCAACAAUUCACCACUGCUGGCUUCAUCGACAAAUUGAACAGGAUCAUCGAGAAAGCUGAGAUCAACAUGCAGGGAGACAAUGCCGAGGAGCUGCUAGCUGAACUUGAAGCUGCUCGCAAUGCUAAACCCAGCUACGAGUUGGCCAUCCGCUUACGCGACACUGAAAUUCCCGCACUACAGAAAGAUCUCGCAAAGUUGUCGACAGAGCGUGACGGUGCCAACAAGCAACUAGAAGAUCAAGAUGCUGUCAUCCACGAUCUGGAGGUAGAGAGGCAGGACGUAGAGUCUCUUUCAAGAGACGUUCAGACUAUUGUCCACAACUACAACGAGAUCAUCAAACUCGAGGCGCAGGUCAAGGAUCUGACCCAGAAGCAGAAGACCGCUGGAUUGUCGAGAGGCAUUGAUGCUGUCCAAGCAGACUUGAAGAAGGUGACCGACGAAAGCAGGAAUGCUAGAAACGCCCUGGACCAGCUCACAUCCGAGCGAGACAAGUCACGAAACCUCAUCGCAACUCUGGAGAUCAGAAUCCGCGAUAUCAACGUUGAUCUGAACAACGCACAGUCAAAGUUGAAGGAGAAGCGUGCACUAGCUGACCGAAUCGAGGAGCUGAAGACCGAGAACAACAAACAGCGCGAGACCAUGCGCGGCUUCGACAAAGAAGUUGAGAGCCUUGUUCCUGAGAUUGAGCAGACUCAGUACAACUACGAUGAAAUCAAUCGUCGAGGCAACGAGAAGGUUCAGCGCGCACAUGAUGAAGCUUCGAAGCUCUCUGACAGCGUUCGCCAACUCACUCAGGCCGAUCGCGAGAUCAACGCCUACAUCGACCGCGGCGGCCCACAACAGCUUGCACGCACACACCGAGACAUCGAAAAUCUGCAAGGCGAAAUCGCUCGCAUCGAGUCCGAAAUGAUGGAAGUCACGCGCAAGCGACAACCUCCGCUACCGCAAAGCCAAACGUGCCCUGGAGACUCUUCAAAUAGAAAUUGAAAAGCUCGAAGAACACGGCGCCGAGCGCGAUAAAGACCACUACGAACGCGAAGCCCAGUACUGGGACACACGGUACCACCAGCUCAACACUUCGAAAACCUCGGUCGAGCGCGACAUGAAGAACAAAGACGACCAGCUCACCGAGCUCAUGGAAGAAUACAAGUCACUCUACGAAAACGCAGCAUCCAGCUACCGCGAAGCGCACAUCAAAGUCGAAACGACAAAAGCCGCCAUCGAAGACCUCGGCCGCUACGCCAGCGCCCUCGACAAAGCAAUCAUCCAGUACCACGCGCUCAAGAUGGAGGAAAUCAACCGCAUCAUCGCCGAGCUGUGGCGCAACGCCUACCAAGGCACCGACGUGGACACGAUC